AUGAUUGGUAAAACAUACCGACUGCAUUUUUCAGGCCGCAAGAGCAGCCACCAUGGUAACCGUUUCGCCGACCACAAGUGCAAGGUUCUUCAGUCCAGGCCUCAUCAGGAGUAUCACGUCAACGAAUGCAUCGACCUUCAAAAUGUCGGCUCACUCAACAUGAAUUUUCCUGGCAGCUGCCGUCUCUAUGAUGUCAUGGCAAAGUUGCGGCCGACUUCGAAACCUACGACGGCGAUGGAAAGCCGGGGACGGUGGGCCAAGGUCAAGUCCUUCGACUGCACCUGGAAGGACUAG